AUGAUGAACCGAUCCUUGGCCUCGCACUUCGCCUUGGCCGCGCUCUUUGGGGCGCUGGUGCAGGGGGAGGACACGUCCAGGCUGCUGGAGGCUCUGGCAGCCGACCUGGACCGGAGGGUGGUGCAGCUGUCCUUCACGGGCUGCCGCGCCUUCCGCGACCUGGAGGCCCAGAUGCUCCUACAGGCGCUGCCGAGGCUGUCGGUUCUUCGGCUGGACCUGGGCUUCACCGCCAUCCAGAAGCUCGAAUUCCCGGAGAUGCCCUCGUUGACGGAGCUGGUGCUGCGCUUCACCGGGUCCAGCCUUCGCGAUGCCUCAGGCUUGUGUGCAGCCCUGACGCCCCGGCUGCAGCUACUGCACCUUUGGUUCGCGAACCUCCCGUCCCUGCAGCAGCUGGGCUCCAUGAGCAGGGCCCUUGCCGCAUUGCGCGUGGAAGAGCUGGUGCUGCACCUCAGCGGCUGCCCCAACGUCCCUCCCGAGACCAAGCAGCAGAUGUACGACGCGGCGCAGCGCCUGAGUCGCCUUCGCUGGCGGCGCCUGGACGCCUGGAUUCACAUCGAGGGCGCAGAGAGGCCCUGGCGAGGCAAGCCGGUGGCCCAGGAGAAUUGUGGGGAGCCAGCCUUUCCGAGCCCACACUCGAAAACUUCGAGUCCCGUGCUGCAAAAUGCGGGAAGCUGCGGGCUGCAGGGCACGGCGCUCGAGGACGCGCUGCCUUUCCCCUGCAGCCACCCGGGCUGCGCCACCUUCCACGAGAACCUCCAGGGCUUCUGCCAGCAGCAUCGCCUGCGCGGCCGUGCCCGGGUGGUCAUGUCCCGUUGCCUCACGGCUUGGCGCUGGCUGGAGCUGAUGCUGCUCUUCUUCGCGCAGGCCGCCGCCGAGAUGGAGAGCCGGGCCGCUCUUCUGGCCAUGCUCCUCUCCAUGUACGCCGUGGCUGUCUGGCCGGUGAUCAGGUCCUUCUCUGAUUCGAAUUCGCCCAGCUCCACAGACUGCUUCGUUGCUGCGCUUUCGGCGGCAGCCUUGGGCAGCUUGGCAUGGACAUGGAGGCAGUUCGAUCGUUUGCAGCGAGUUGCUCGGCAAGUGGCUCUAUCCACGGAAGCCAGCUACUCUGCGGUGCUUGAGGCAAAGCGCGCGGGAGAAGCAGAGGAGGAAGGGGCCGUGCGCCUUCUCGGCCCGUCCACACUGACAGAGGCUGAUGAGGGUCUCGAGAGCUAUGGAAGCGUUUCACUUCAGCAGGCAUCGGCAGAUCUGAGCCACCUCUACUGCGAGGCGAGGCGCCAUUUGCCGCACUUGGAGUCAACGGUGCGUGAGGCUUUGGCCGAUCUUCCGGCUCCCGCCACGCCGGCGAAGAUCCGGCUCUUGACGGACCUCAGAUCGGAAGAUCGGCAGCGGCCGCAGGGGCUGGUGGACCUCCUGAGCUGCGAGGUGAACUGCAAGGACAUGUCGCAGGUGCAGACAGCGCUGGCAGCCCUGAAGGCGCGGCUCGUGCACAAAGAAAGCUGCGGGUACUUUGAGCUGGUUGCCUUGCAUGAUGGCUUCGCCACGCUCAGCAGCCGCAAGUGCUGCCAGGUCGUCGUCUCGCACCAGGGCUAUUUGGCGUCCAUCUUCCUGCUCGACGCAUCCUUGGCUAGGCUUCAGGCUGACAUGACUGACAUGUACCGGCUGGCCGACUCCUUCGGUCUCUUGGACGAGGUGAAGCCGCGGACGUGGGAGACGUCGCGGAGGUUGUGGGAACCCCGGCCACCGCGCUCGGUGAUUGCCGUGACCACCUUUCUGCGAGUCGUGGCUCUGCUGGUCGCGCUCUUCUUCGCGGUCCAGUACUUCGUCCGCUACGCCCCCGCCAGGUGGCGCAAGAAGUUGCCCGGCAUUCUGCUGGAAGCCACGUUUGUGCUGGAUGCCACAGCUUCAGACCGCGAGAGCUGGGGGCAGGCUAUCUUGCUGUCCUUGCCCUACGCCAUUUUGGUGCAGGUCUUUGCCUGGGAGCUGCUUCCCGCCACCGGGAGCAAGAAGCGAGCCAAGCCGACCCAAGUAAUCUACGAGAAGUAUUUCGGAUUAUGCGGAAGCCACUAUGUGCUGAAAGUCUUGGUCCUCCAGUUCGGUUCUGUCUUGCUGCAAGUCUUUGGGAAGCUUCGAUUGCUUGGAGCCCUGGUGACUCUCGCCCAGCACGAGGCUGCGGCCUCUGCAGAGCCCUUCGCCAGAGUUUUCUGGGGCCUCUGCGCCCUCCUCGCCUGGAACUGCGUCUACCCUGCCCUCCUCUUGGUGCUGCCGGACACCAGCUGGCUGCGCGGCGGCGCGGCCUUGAUGGAUGCUGUCAUGGACUUGGCCUCCAUGUUGGGCUACUUGCUCAUGGUCCUCAUGGCUUUGGUGCAGCUGCAGGCAGCAGAAGAGCUCCAAGGGAAUUAUGGCCUUGAUGGCCUGAUGACGUUGGUUACGACCUUGGAUUUCAGCACCCGGGUUCCUCCCGGCUUUGCGUUCCCAACCGGCUUCUGGGGCUACGCGGCGGUGUACGUGAACGUCGCCCACGUCUGCUGCGUUUGCCGGAUGCUGCGGCGCUCCAGCUGGGCAGUUGCCAGCGUGAGGCAAAGCAGACAGAAGGGCCGCAAGGGAUGGAAGUAUCUCGGCGCUGCGGCCUACGCAAGCUGCCUUCUCCUGGUGUUGUCGCUGUUCCUUAUGUCCAAGGACGCUUACCCGGGUCACUCUGGAGACUUCAGGUGCUUCCCUUGCCAUUGCUCGGUUGCUGGUACGAUCCUACGCCUGGAGCGCUGCCCUCUCGCGGAGGUGCUGCAGAUGGAGCAGAUGAGCCUUCACGGCCGAAACAUCACCGACAUUGCUGCGGAAGCUUUUGGACCUCUGGGCCAGCUGCGGCGCCUGUCACUUUCUGGCAAUCCCCUUGUUCGUUUGCCACCAGGCCGCUUUGAAGGACUCCGUUGUUUGCAGUUGUUGGACUUGGGCGACCUGGCAGCCAAGCCCAGUUAA